AAAAGUUUGGUCACCGAAAACAAUCCAAAAUGGAUGCAGAGCAGCCGGAAAAUUUGCCAAGCACUCAGGAAACAACCGAUGGUGACGAAGGCCUUUCGCAAGACUCCCGAGCCGACAGUCAGGAAAGCCUGGAUGCGGUUGUAGCGGACGAACACCAAAGCCAGGAGUUCCUACAGCGAAAGUUGUACUUUCUUUUGGAGCAGCUGAAGAAGAUGCACAAUAUUUUGCCUGAGCAAUUCCUACUGCGGAUUUCCUAUGAACUUCUGGCGGGACUUGCCAACUCACUGCUGAACGACACAAUCUUCGAAAUUGUGAAGGGGUUGAUGGAGAUCCAACAUGUGACCGAGAAACAUCUGAUGCAAGUGCGGGAGAAAGUGGAGAAUGACCAUCAAUUGGAAGUUAAGCAAUGGGAAUCGAAGAUCCAAGACCCGGAGGAACUGGAACACAUCAUUGCACUGAUGAAGAUCAAACACACCAAAAACAUGAAGGAAACCGACAUGAAGCUGGUGCUACAUCUGGACCAGAAGGUCAAGGAUCAGCAGUCGACGCUGGAAAAGGCCGGCGUGCCCGGUUUCUACGUGACGGACAAUCCUAUGGAGAUCAAAAUUCAAAUGUACCUGCUUGACUUCAUCCUCCGACUGUCCAGGGUAAAGUUUGAACCAAACAAAUAACAUUCGGUUGAAUGGGCAACUUGGGAUAAGGCUGAUUGGUCGGCCUAUGCCGACAGCUCGGGGAUGUUUGAUGAAUAAAUGUUACUGUGAUUAUA